AGGAGUUCGGACUCACUGUGCAAAUACAUACAGACAUACUAAUCUAAAUUGAUGCCUUGUUGAAAAAACAUCGCAGGUGAAGCAAGCAGCCAACAAUGGCUCACUCAAAGGCUCUCUUAGUGCUGGAAAACUUCAUAGGUGGCAAAUUUGUUCCCUGUUCCUCCUACAUAGACUCCUAUAAUCCAUCCACUGGAGAUGUCUAUUGCAGAGUUCCAGACAGUGGCAAAGAAGAGGUGGAAGCUGCUGUCAAAGCUGCCAAAGAUGCCUUCCCAAUUUGGUCCUCAAAAAGUCCAUUGGAAAGAUCUCAGAUCCUGAACAAAUUGGCAGAUCUGAUUGAACAUGACCUGGAAGCAUUUGCACAAGCAGAGUCAAAGGAUCAGGGAAAAACCAUUACUUUUGCCAGAACGGUGGACAUCCCUCGGGCUGUGCACAACUUCCGAUUCUUCGCCUCUUCCAUCCUUCAUCACGUCACAGAGUGCACCGAAAUGCCAGCCAUGGGCUGUGUGCACUACACCUCGAGGGCACCUGUGGGAGUUGCUGGUUUAAUCAGUCCUUGGAAUUUGCCACUGUAUUUGUUGACUUGGAAAAUAGCUCCUGCCAUUGCAUGUGGAAAUACUGUGGUUGCCAAGCCAAGUGAGAUGACGUCUGUCACAGCCUGGAUGAUGUGCAAACUCUUGGAGAAAGCAGGGGUGCCUCCUGGGGUGGUGAAUGUCGUGUUUGGAACGGGUGCCAAGGCAGGAGAGGCCCUGGUGUGCCACCCCGACGUGCCUCUGCUCUCCUUCACGGGCAGCACGCUGACGGCCCAGCGGAUCACGGAGAAAAGUGCUCCGCACUGCAAGCGGCUCUCACUGGAGCUGGGCGGCAAAAACCCCGCCAUCAUCUUCGAUGAUGCCGACUUGAGCCAGUGCAUCCCCACCACCGUGAGGUCCAGCUUUGCCAACCAGGGUGAGAUCUGUCUCUGCACCUCCAGGAUCUUUGUUCAGAGGGGAAUAUACAGUGAGUUUUUGAAGAGGUUUGUGGCAGAGGCAAAGAAGUGGAAGACUGGGAAUCCCUCAGAUCCUACCAUCGAUGUGGGAGCACUAAUAAGUAAAGAGCAUCUAGAAAAGGUAAGGAACUAUGUGAAGAAAGCCCAGGCUGAAGGAGCUAAAGUCCUGUGUGGAGAGGGAGUGGAUCCUUUGGCCCUCCCACCUAGCAACCAGAAAGGCUAUUUCAUGUUGCCCACAGUUAUUGCUGAAGUCAAGGAUGAAUCUUGUUGCAUGCAAGAAGAGAUCUUUGGUCCUGUGACAUGUGUGGUAGCAUUUGAUACAGAAGAAGAGGUGAUCAGAAGAGCCAAUGGUGUGAAAUACGGCUUGGCAGCCACAGUGUGGUCCAGCAACGUGGGACGCGUUCACAGGGUGGCACACAGGCUGCAGUCUGGAUUGGUGUGGACCAACUGCUGGCUUGUGAGAGAUCUGAACUUGCCAUUUGGUGGGAUGAAAGCCUCAGGCAUAGGCAGGGAGGGAGCAAAAGAUUCCUACGAGUUCUUCACUGAGGUCAAAACCAUCACAAUAAAGCACUGACAUAUGUCAAUGGAAGUAUUUGAGUGAAAUAAAUUACAGCAAUUUGAGCUUUCAAAAAUGGCUCAUUAGAGCACAGGCUGCUAUUUUGGCCAUUCCUUUCUUGAAUUUUGGUCAAGUAAUAUCAUCCCAAGUGUUAAUGUUAAAGUCAGCUUUUCAUGUCAGAUGAGAAGAUCAGUAUGGACAGCACAAUCAACCCAUCCCAAGCCAGAUUACUUGCCUGUCUUACAGGUUCUAAAUAUUUUGAUAUUUUUUAUAUUCCUGCCUCCAAAAUCUGUCUCUUUAAGGCAGAUUGGAGAAAGUGUAAUAUAUGACAGUAGCUCUGGUUGGUGAAUUACCUUGAGGGACAAAGUAGCAAGCACUUAGUGAGACUGAUAUUGUGCAGAGAAGUGAACUCAUUUUUGCUCUAAACAGGGUGGUCCACACAUCCAUCCAUAUUGCACUUCACUGAUAUCUGACAAGGAUUGAUACUACACUGAAAGCCUGAGGAACUACCUUUAAUCUAAGUGUUUUUAAACCAUGGGGUCAUGACUUUCUCUUACUAUUCAUGGAGACAAUAAAUGUUUUAAUGAUAACCUUUAUGGUAGGGACCUGAAUCAUCCUAAUAGCUGUUCUCUGACUAUUUUGAAAUUAAAGCCUUUUGUCACUUUGAGA